AUGCCAAAAGACUUUCACAUAUUUGGAAGUGGCAUUUCGUUCAGCAUCUCUCCUACUAUCCACAAUGCUGGAUUCCGUCACUAUACUCUCCCAUAUACAUACGAUAUCCGCGAGUCUACCACAAUAGAUCAGGUCUCCAAUUCAAUUGAGGAAGAAAGGUUCGGCGGCGGCAGCGUAACCAUGCCACACAAACUCCACGUCCACAAGUUCUGCACCGAGCAGACCGACAUCGCCAGACUUAUCGGGGCAAUCAAUACACUGAUUGUCAAAGGAUCUGGAACCGAGCGGACAAUUACAGGCGAGAACACGGAUUGGUCUGGACUGCACAGCAUCAUUACUAUCCAUGCCGCAAAAACGAACCAGCAACCCAAGACAGGCCUUGUAAUUGGUGCUGGAGGAGCCUCACGAGCUGCUUUGUAUGCUAUGCAUCGGUCAGGCAUUGAGAAAAUAUACAUCAUCAACAGGACACUUGCUGUUGCAGAGAAAGUGAAGGCGGAUUUCCAGAGUGUAUUCCAGAUCGACAUUGUCGACAACCUGAAGGAGCUUCCUUCUUUACCAGAUGUCAUAAUCGGGACAGUUCCUGCGGAUACCACUACAGAAGAACAUUUUUCUGCUAUUUUUGGCACCCGAGGACUUUGCAUCGACAUGGCGUAUAAGCCGAGACAAACUCCGCUUCUCACAGCCGCACAGAGACACCAGGAGUGGCGGACGGUGACGGGUCUAGAGGUGCUGCUUGCACAAGCAUAUGACCAGUUUAGACUAUGGACAGGUCUCGAGCCACCGGUUGAGAAAAUGGAAGAGGCGGUCUUUGUUCAUGAGCGGGAAACCGAGAAGGCCCGAGUUGGAAUGCUUUGA